GGCGGCGGCGGCGGCGGCGGCGGCGGCGGCGCGACCCCGGCCGGGAGCGAGCGGGCAGAGGCCCGCGCGGAGCGGCUGCCGGACGCCUCGGGUGCUGGGGCGGGGGGACCAUGGACCGUGCGGCGGGCGCCGUCCUCGGGAUGCUCCUUCUUUUGUCUGCUCGGCCGUGGAGCACGGCGGUGGCAGGGAGCCCUUAUAGCUGUGACGCCCCACUGGCAUCCACCUUGCCUCGAGCGUCCUUCAGCAGCUCCUCGGAGCUGUCCAGCAGCCACGGCCCUGGGUUUGCAAGUCUUAAUCGCAGAGAUGGGGCUGGUGGCUGGUCUCCACGCGUGUCAGAUAAAUACCAGUGGCUGCAGAUUGACCUCGGAGAGAGAAUGGAGGUCACAGCUGUGGCCACCCAGGGAGGAUACGGGAGCUCCGACUGGGUGACCGGCUACGUCCUUAUGUUCAGUGAUGGCGGGAGGAACUGGCAGCUGUAUCGGCGAGAAGAAAGCAUCUCGGGUUUUCCAGGAAACACAAACGCAGACAGCGUGGUACAUUACAGACUCGAGCCUCCCUUCGAAGCCAGGUUCCUGCGCUUCCUCCCCGUAGCCUGGAACCCUAAGGGCAGGAUUGGGAUGCGGAUAGAAGUGUACGGAUGUGCAUACAGAUCUGAGGUGGUUAAUUUUGAUGGAAAGAGCUCCUUGAUAUACACAUUGAAUCAAAAAUCCGUGAGUCCAACAAAAGAUGUCAUUUCUUUGAAAUUUAAGACCAGGCAGACUGAUGGGAUUCUACUCCACCGAGAAGGACAAAAUGGCAAGCACGUCACCCUGGAGUUAGUUAAAGGAAGACUCAUCUUAUCCCUUAAUUCAGGCCAUGCUAACCUGCCGUCCCCUGACGCCCGUGUGACCCUCACCCUGGGCAGCCUGCUGGACGACCAGCACUGGCAUUCUGUCCUCUUGGAGCUCCUGAACGCACACGUCAACUUCACCGUGGACAGGCACACGCAGCAUUUCCAGGCAAAGAGCGGGUCCCGCUAUUUGGAUCUUGAUGAUGAGAUCAGCUUUGGAGGGAUUCCCGGACACAGAAAAUCAGUGGUGUUCCCACGUAAAAACUUUCACGGCUGCUUCGAAAACCUCUAUUAUAAUGGAGUGGAUAUCAUUGAUUUGUCCAAGAAACGCAAACCGCAGACCCUCGUCGUGGGAAAUGUGUCUUACUCGUGCUCACACCUUCAGAUUGUCCCUGUGACUUUCCUGAGUUCCAGCAGCUACUUGGCUCUCCCGGGUGCCUCUGGAGAGGACAAAGUGUCAGCCGCUUUCCAGUUUCGGACGUGGAACAGAGCAGGGCUGUUGCUGACCAGUCAGUUACAACACGGGUCGGGGGCUCUUGUCCUUGUUCUAAAUGAUGGAAAACUCAAGCUGAGUCUCUCCCAGCCCGGACAUCCAUCGAGGGAUGUCACAGCAGGUGCUGGAUUAAGCGAUGGGCAGUGGCAUUCAGUGUCCUUAUCAUUGAAAGGAAGUCACCUGAGUGUGAUGGUGGAUGGCGAGGCGGCCUCUGUGGCUCAUUCCUUGCGUGGACGGAUUGAUUCCGGGGACACCUAUUAUUUGGGCGGCUGUCCUGACAGCGUCUCUGGCUCUGGAUGUGGAGGUCCCCUGGGCGGCUUUCAGGGCUGCCUGAGGCUCAUCUCCAUUGGCGACAAGGCGGUGGAUCCCAUCACAGUGCAGCAGGGGGCGCUGGGGAGUUUCCGUGACCUCCAGAUAGACACCUGCGGCCUCACAGACAGGUGUUUGCCUAGCUAUUGUGAACACGGGGGCGAAUGUUCCCAGUCCUGGGACACCUUCUCCUGUGACUGUGCGCACACUGGUUACCUGGGCGCGACCUGCCAUUCCCCGUUGUACGAGCAGUCCUGUGAAGCCCACAAGCACAGAGGAGACUCUUCAGGGCUCUACUAUAUCGAUUCCGAUGGAAGUGGCCCUCUGGAACCUGCUCUCGUAUAUUGCAACAUGACAGACACCACUGGGACCUCAGUGCAGCACAAUGGCUCACAUCUGGCCAGGGUCAAAAGCUCGGAUGGAGAAAGCCCUCACCCUGUGGCUUUCAAGUACACAGCCAGCAUGGACCAGCUCCAAGCCAUAAUCGACCGUGCGGACCAUUGCCAACAGGAGCUGGCCUUCCACUGCAAGAAGUCAAGGCUUUCGGCUCGCCACGAUGGAACCCCAGUGAGCUGGUGGGUUGGAAGAACCAAUGAAACACACACUUACUGGGGAGGUUCUCUGCCUGAUGCUCAAAAAUGUGCUUGUGGAUUACAGGGGAACUGCCUUGAUUCUCAAUAUUACUGCAACUGUGAUGCUGACCGGAAUGAAUGGACCAGCGACACAGUAGUCCUUUCCCAUAAGGAGCACCUGCCAGUCAUUCAGGUUGUGAUGAGAGACACAGGCCGACCACAUUCAGAAGCCGCGUAUGCGCUGGGGCCUCUGCUCUGCUGGGGGGACAAUUCAUUUUGGAACUCAGCUUCCUUCAACACGGAGACUUCAUACCUUCAUUUCCCUACGUUCCGCGGAGAGUUCAGUGCUGAUGUGUCUUUCUUUUUUAAGACAACAGCUCCUUCUGGGGUGUUUGUAGAGAACCUGGGGAUCACAGACUUCAUCAGGCUAGAGCUACAUGCUCCCUCGGAAGUGACCUUUUCCUUUGAUGUGGGGAACGGACGUUGCGAGGUCACAGUGCGGUCGCCCACCCCCUUUAAUGACAACCAGUGGCACCACGUGAGGGCCGAGAGGAACGUGAAGGAAGCGUCGCUUCAGGUGGACCAGCUCCCCAGCGAGACCCAGGCUGCACCUGCCGACGGGCACGCGCGGUUGCAGCUCAACAGCCAGCUCUUCGUGGGCGGGACGGCCACCAGACAGAGAGGCUUCCUGGGGUGCAUCCGGUCGCUGCGGCUGAACGGGCUGGCCCUGGACCUGGAAGAAAGAGCGACAAUGACGCCGGGCGUGGAGCCAGGGUGCCCGGGACACUGCAGCAGCUACGGACACCUGUGUCGCAACGGAGGGAGAUGCAGAGAGAGACACAGGGGCAUCGCUUGUGACUGCACCUUCUCUGCCUACGACGGGCCAUUCUGCGAAAAUGAGAUUUCUGCAUAUUUUGGAAGCGGUUCGUCCGUUAUCUACAACUUUCAAGAACAUCAUAAUCACACCUUUGGUAAGAACGCCAGCUCCUUGGCGGCUUUAUUUCAUGAGGAUCUGACGCUGACCGGAGAAAUGGCCACACUGAGCUUCCGGACCACAGGGGCCCCCAGCUUACUUCUCUACGUGAGCUCCUUCUACGAAGAGUACCUAUCAGUUAUCCUCGCCCCCAAUGGAAGUUUGCAGAUCAGGUAUAAGCUGGACAGAAACCAGGCACCUGACGUUUUUAACUUUGGUUUUAAAAACCUUGCCGAUGGGCAGUUUCACCAAGUGAAGAUUCACAGGGAAGCGGCCAUGGUCUCUGUAGAGGUUAACCAGAAUGCAAGGAGACAAGCUAUCCUGUCAUCGGGGACGGAAUUCAAUGCUGUCAAAUCCCUUACAUUGGGCACAGUUUUAGAGCCCCCCGGCGCGGACCCGGACACGCUGCGGGCCGGCGCGCGCGGCUUCACCGGCUGCCUCUCGGCGGUGCGCUUCGGCCCCGCCGCUCCGCUCAAGGCCGCGCUGCGCCCCGGGGGCCCCGCCCCGGUCACCGUGCGCGGCCACGUGGCCGCCGCGGCCCGCUGCGCGGAGGGGGCGGGGCCCGGAGCCCCGGCGCGGGAGGCCACCCGCCCGCUGGCAGGUGGCGCAGGUGGCUCUGGACCAACGGACGAGGGACAGCCCUUAGUUACUGCUGACGGAAGUGACUCCGCCGUCAUCGGAGGUGUGAUAGCCGUUGUGAUAUUUAUCUUGCUCUGCAUCACUGCCAUAGCUAUACGCAUUUACCAACAGAGAUGGUUGUACCACAAAAAUGAAUCGAAUAUUCCAAAACAUGGAGACAAUGCUGAGACCGCUCUGAGAAGUGAGCUCAAUCUGCAAAGUACAGUCAGUGAAAGCCAGAAGGAGUAUUUCUUCUGAUGGGCAGUAGAGGCUCACUCAUGCAUGGCCCUGGUGACGCGACUUUCGGGCUGAGCCAGGGGCUCCCAGUGGAUGACGCCCCCUCUCGUCCUCUUGGGACAGACGGUGGCCGUGGGGCGCCGUCAGCUUGCUCGUGUGUGGCCCCAGGAGGCCCUGCUCAGCGCUGCUUCAUGAUCUAUUGAUGUAAAAGUGACUUCGGUGUGCUCAUUAAUCACUGUGUGGCAGUUUCUGACUGUUCGGACCUGAUCUUUGAAAAUUCGAAUGUAUUUUGCAUAAUGACUCUGGGUGUUAAGCGAGGGCAAGGAUUUGAGCUGUGGCUCUACUCGCUUAAGACGGGGACACAGACGUUUAUAAAAGUCAGAGUUGGACUCUGAUGUGCGUUGUGUGGAGGUCUGUAUUUUGCUUCCCUUACCGAUCACCUGCUGACACUCGUAAAGCAGGAAGUGUUUCUCAGAUGGUGUUCGAGUGGUUUCCAUCUUCCUGCACACCAGAGCCUGGUGGCCAAAAAUGCAUUCGAGACUUGGAAAAGAACAUUUUUUGGCUGCUUGUUUUUACUAUUUGUCUCUUUUAAGUCAGUUUGCAUACGUUUUAGUGACGAAGUGCAUCUUGAAUGUCAGCUACGAAAUUCUAGUAUUCUGUUCAUUUAUGGAACAGAAAAAUGCAUAGGUAGCAAAGUGUGUAAAGCAUUCUGAUCUGCAAUAUUUGCUUAUUUUAUUCUGUAACUGCUCAUUUUAAUCUUUGUAAAUUAUGAUAAAGAUCACCUCAUGAUCUUCCCCAAAACAUCUAUUUUCUAACUAAACCUGUGCCCAGGUAUGAACUCUAUAUUUAACACUGCAAAUGUAUCCUUCAUCCAUUCCAUUUAAAUGAAAUAUAAUCUUGAAUUUAUUUCCUUCAAAUGUGGGGUGAUUAGGUCACUAUUAUUUGUUGUCCUGCGGUUCCCUUUUUUCUGAGGUUGUCACAACAAUCUGGUUUCUUACGACUGUCUUUUCAUUUACUAGGGAAGAGUCACAAUUUGGAACUAAAGCUCUCCAUUUCUUUUUCUAAAUCCUGAACUGAUCCAGGCAAACCAUUCCCCGAAGGUGGAAGGAUGCUUUUGCGAAGGGAGGGCGCGGGCUGUAGGAUCUGAGUUAAAUCUGUCGUUCCGCUCAAGCAUCUGGGAUCUCGGAGUCAGCUUCCAUUAGAGCCCCCCAAAUCGACCAGCUCAUUUCGUAGUAGGGUAUAUUUGCAUCCGAGGGGAGCAAAGAACGUACAUUAACCGCGGGAAUCGUGCCAGGAACUCCUUUCGCGGCAGUGGUCACGAGAUGACGGUGUGCAGCCCACCAUUUGCACCCAACAGCCAGUUACACAAAUGAUGUGUCGCCCUCUUCGGAUGCCACCUGGCCACGUGCCUGCUGGGAAUCAGAUUGCUCCCUUUGACCCCAAUGGGACCACCUGGAACUAUACACAUUUAGCCUUGCUAUUACCUUUGAGUGCACACCUACUUUUCUGUGAUUUUUUUUUUUUAAAGAAUAGAAACAGCCUCUAUACUAAGUCUUUUCUCAAGAAAAACCCUUUUUUUGUUUCUUAGGGUUUCAUAUUAGUUUUCUAUGAGGUGUAACAAACCACCACAAUGUAGUGGUUUAACGCGACACACGUUUAGCGUCUCACUGUUUCUGUGGAUCAGAAGGUAGGCAUGGGUUUACUGUUUCCUAAAAAGCUGUAAUGAAGUGUCAGCCCGGGCUGUGUUCUCAUCUGGAGACUCAGCUAGGGAGUCCUCGUUCUUAACGGUUAUUGGCGACAUUCCGUUCCGUACUUCUGGAAGAUUCAUGGAAGCCUGCUUCUGUUCAGGGCUAGCAAGAGAGAGCGCUACUCUAGUCUGCAAAUACGAGGGAGUUUUAUGGAACAUAAAGUGAUGAUGGGAGUGACAGCCCAUCUCCUUUGCCAAAUUCUGUUGGUUGAAAGCAAGUCACAGGUCUUGCCCACGCUCAAGAGGAGGGGUUUACAUAAGGACUGGUAACCGGCAGGCUGAGAUCAUGGGGUCCCUUUAAAGUCACUCUCUCUACACUACUAUAUCUUUAUUGAAGUUUCUUUAAGUGAGCGAUGAAGGAUUUUCGGGAUCUCAACAUAGUAAUGCAUGAGAAACCUACUUGGUGAAUGGUAUGCGUACUUUUCGCCCAAAAGGUCUGCGCAGGUCGGGGAAGGAGUCAACGCAAAAUCAUGGGCCCUGUUGCUUCUACGGAAUGCAUAGUUGAAUCUGAACAUGAAAUCGUUGCAACUUUAACAGAUGAUCAUGUUGAGUUCCAAGAGAAUUCAUCACUUUGGUAGCUGGAAUUUUACAGAUUUAUAGAUAGGGCAAUCCGUUGUACUCUGCUCUCUUUUUAAAAGAGAAAACAAAAUGUUUCUACCAAAUUGUGGUGAUGUAUAAUCCACUUUACCGAUUUGUAAAUGUCAACCUGCUUAUUUGUUAAUAAAAUAACGUUUUUGAAUUAAAUUAGGAAAAUAUUUUUAAGAGAAAUUGACUGGAAUUUGAAUUGUGAAUUAUAUUGUUUUUUCCCCUAAUCUAUUAAAAAAUGAGCAAACGUC